AUUCAGCAAAGCCCUAUAAUUCAUUUUGCUGUCAGGCAACGCGCGAUUGCCUGUUUCCUCUGCAUAGAAUCUAUCGACACCUGUCCACCGCCGGCGACCAACAGCGAACAACGACGGGGCGAAUGCCGAUGAACGACGACAGAGUGAAGUUGCCAAUUAAUGCUAAUCCAGUAGUUGUGCAUGAUCCGUUGAGGUUCAAUCAAGGUGGUCAGUCUGAUCCCUAUUCUUUUGCAAGGGACACAAUGCAAAAUGGAACUGCCGAGGCAGCUGUCUACAAUUCCAAGGUUGUUAACAUUAUGCAAGAAGUUUGCACCAGUUGUAUCAUUUCAUCUUGCUGGAAAUUCAAAAGUACCAGCUGUAUACUGCAGAAACUUGAGGAUGCUGUGCAUGAGAUGGGUCUGAAACUUAAACAUCAUGAAGAGAAUAUCAGUUUCCUAAAAGCUCAGAAGAACAGAUUGGAUAAUUCAAUCUUAGAUAUGCACGUUGCUCUUUGCAAGUAUCAGACAGCAAGCGAAUCUGGUUCUGAAAAUGAGGAACUUUCCCAUGUACAGAGUGAGGAGGAGACACUUGGACACAUCUUUGUACAUGAGAAAUCUGCAGCUGGCAUCUGGUACGAGCUAAAACGUCAUCAUGGAACUCAAGCUUCUCAUCUUCCUUUGAUGAAGGAUGUUGUGGGAAUUGUUGCUAUGCUUGGGAACGUUGAUGACGAUAAUCUUAGCAGGCUCCUCUCAGAUUAUUUGGGACUUGAGACUAUGCUAGCAAUUGUUUGCAAGACGUGUGAUGGUAUUAAAGCGCUGGAGACAUACGACAAGGAAGGUCACAUAAACAAAACUUUGGGUCUUCAUGGACUUGGAGCUUCUAUUGGAAAGCCUUUGGAUGGCCGCUUUCUUGUUAUCUGUCUUGAAAAAUUAAGACCAUAUGCUGAUGAUUUCAUAGCUGAUGACCCUCAAAGGAGGCUUGAUAUUCUGAAGCCAAGAUUACCCAAUGGGGACUCUCCACCUGGUUUUCUUGGUUUUGCUGUGAAUAUGGUCAACAUAGACAGUGUGAACUUAUAUUGUGCUACAAGCUCCGGUCAUGGUCUAAGAGAGACUCUUUUCUAUAACCUGUUUUCCCGCUUGCACGUAUACAAGACAAGAGAAGAUAUGCUACAGGCUCUCCCUUGUAUUAGACAUGGAGCCAUAUCCCUGGAUGGUGGGAUGAUAAAGCAUAACGGUGUGUUCUCCCUGGGCAAGAGGGAAAUAAAUGUGAAAUUCCCAAAGAGCUCUGGAAGGUCAAAUCUGCCGCAAAACUACUUCGAAAUUGAAAGACAGAUAAAGGAGAUGAGGUGGAAAAAAGAAAGAACUGUAGAAGAUAUGCAGAGGGAACAGGCUUUGCUAGAACGUUCAAGGUUCAAUUUUGAUAUAAAGAAGCAAGAGUAUUUGAAGUUUCUUGCACAAAGCUCAACCUAUGCAACACAGCAGAGCUUCAAGCAGGAGGGGAGCACAUAGCAUGAUUGACGGAAAUCUGAGAGCAUUUUGGGUAUUGAACAAGAAGAAGCUCUAUCAGUAAUCAAUCCUGCACCAACUCAGUCUGAAACGUUGUGUUUCAGGAUUAAUAGAAUAGUCUUAUGAAUUCCUGAUCAUCGUCUAGCUCAGUUUCAUGCAUGUAACAAACUUAGGUACAUG